UUAAUGAGGUUUGUCUCCCAAUUAAUGCGCUUUCCCGUGGGUGCCCCACUCCCAGAGCGAGGCGCCUGCUGGACAACACGCCGAGGCGAUGGGUGACGAGCAAGCGCCCGAGCAGGGCCUGGACAGGUUCAGCUACGACUAUGACACCAUCCGCAAUGGGGGGCUGAUCUUCGCUGUUGUGGCUUUUGUGAUCGGGCUCCUCAUCAUCCUCAGCCAGCGGUUCCACUGCGGAGGGAAGAAGAAGCUGAGACAAGGGAACGAGGAGAACCUGUAGGUGCAGAGCGGCUGUGCCACCAUGGAAGCAGAGCUCCAUCCAAAUCCUUGUCAAAGGCCACCCCUUCUCCUGCUCCAGUGGAUCCACUACCCUGCAAGGCCAAAAUGCAAAUUACCCUCCUGCUUCUUCUCCCUCUCUUAGACCCAGCGAGAGUUUCUUGGCUAAUAAAGUUCAAGCUCAGAGAGGUUAAACUCUGUACCCAAA